AUGGCAGAAAAAAGUGUCAAUGCGGACACCGAAAUAUUUCCCUUUCCAGGAAAAGUUCGGUCGACUGUGUGGGCUUAUUUUGGCUUCGGAAAAACAAAACAAGGACCACCUAUUAAAGAAAACCUCAACAUGCAAUCUGUUAUUUGCAAACUCUGCCGAAAAUUAUAUGUGAACAAAGAAACGAAGAAACGGAAGUUAGAUGACCAUGUUCAUAAACUGAUUGUGGGGAAAGCUCUGCCACUAAGUCUGGUUGAUAGUCCUUUCUUCAAAAACUUUGUAAAGGAGCUUGAUCCUAGGUAUAAGCCACCAAGCAGAUAUGAUGUUCAAAAGUCUCUGGAUGGAAAAAUGCGUCAGAUGACUGUCAAGCUACAGAAUGAAUUGCCACCUGUAGGAGGCCAUCUGGCAAUAACACAUGAUGGUUGGACCAGUUGUGCGACUGAGAGUUAUGACACUGUAACAGCCCACUUCAUCAAUAGUAACUGGGAACUUCGCUCAGCUGUACUUCAAACUACUAAAGUUGAGGGCUCUCACACUGGUGAACAUAUAGCAGAGCGGCUAAAAGAGAUGGUGUCUGAUUGGAAUAUUCCUGUCCCAACUGUGGUAACAGACAAUGCUGCAAAUGAAAGGAAGGCGAUACAAUUGUUAGGAUGGGAGCGAUUUGGCUGUUAUGGACAUCGGCUGAAUUUGGCAGUGAAGCAUUCACUGGAUGUUCCAGAAGUCUCUCGAAUACUUGGGAAAUCUCGAAAGAUUGUAACCCUUUUCCACCAAUCUACAAGUCUCAAUGAUUGCCUGCUUGACAAGCAGAUACUUGUGUACUCUGAUACACGGAACCUAAUAGGACAUAAGUUAAUAAAUGAUGUCCCGACUAGGUGGAACAGUACUUUGGCAAUGUUACGACGGCUCUCUGAGCAGAUUGCUGCAAUUCUAGCCAUUGCUAGUGACGAUAAGCUGAACAUUAAUAAAACUACAUGCAACAAUCUUAGGUCAUACUGUCUUACUUUUGAGGAACAAAAUAUUGUUGAAGGCUUGAUCAAGUUGUUGUCACCCUUUGAAAAGGCCACAACAAUACUAUGCGCUGAAAACAGCCCCACUAUGAACAAGGUUCUAGUUAGCAUGGCCAAAAUCAGAAACAUUCUUGAGUUACAAAGUCAUUCAGAAUCAGCUACCUUAAAAAAAGUUGUUGGAAAACUGCAAGAGCAACUUACAAAGAGAACAGAUUAUGAAGAAAUACCUGUCAUGGCUGCCCUCCUGAACCCUGACACAAAGUCUCUGUCUUUUUUACCUGUUCAUGAGCAAGAAGCUGGACGUCGUCUUCUUUUGGAUAAAGCACUUGGUUUAGUAGACGAGAAUGGAAACUUGCAAGUUAAAGUUAAAAAAGAACCUGAACUUGAAGUUUCAUCCACCGAAGCUCUUCCAGAGUUACCAAACUUACCAGAUAACAUUGUUGUUGAACAAGAUGACAUAGUUACUGAAAAUGCAUCCACUUCAGGUGAUAAUAAUAUUACAUCAGACUGUGAACCAGUAGCAAAGAAAAUAAAAUGCUCUGACAUGGAUGAGUGGUUUGAUGAUGUCAUGGUCACACGAGUUGAAAAGACACCAGUUUCAGCAGUUAUUGAACAAGAAAUUGAACGGUACCUUGCCUCAAACAGGGAUGCAGAUGAUUCUAAGUUAAGUCUUCUGCAAUGGUGGGAGAAAAACCAGUAUGUUUAUCCAAGGUUGGCUGUCUUAGCAAAAAAAUACCUGGCCAUCCCAGCUUCCUCUGUCCCUAGUGAGCGUGUUUUCAGUUUAGCUGGAUCUUUGGUUAACAAAAAGAGGUCAAGGUUGAAUCCUGAUUUGAUCAAUAAACUUAUAUUUCUUAAAAUGAACAUGGACCAAUACUGGUAAAUUGUAGAAUGAGAAGACUAUUGUAUUGUUACAUAAAAGUGUUAACUGUUAAUGUGCAAGUUUGCAAGUUUACUGAACUAAAUUUUUCUUUGCUAGAUGUUAAGAUAAUAGAUGUACUUUGUACUUAAAAAGAACUAAGAAUCUACCAAUUAAAAUUAUUUUUGAAUA